CUAGUGCGAUUUUUUCAUUAUUUUCUCCCUUUUUAUCCUCUCUUGGUUUCUAUUCUCCAUUUUUGUCAUGGCACCUUCGUUCGUUCUUUUCGGUGGUUCCGAUAAGAAAAUCUCAUUAGAGCAGCAGACUCACCAGUGCCCUCGUUGUGGCGACCCAACAUCCGUCAAAUUGACUCGAACUGAAACGCAAAUGGUUGUCUUGGGAAAGACAAUUGGAAAACCAGGGAAUAUGCGAGUACGGUACGAGUGUCAAAAGUGCAAGUGGAAGAACGACAAGCUCCCUGAAGGCAAGCGAGGCUCAUCGGAAGGCAACUCCAAGUCUUUGGCCGAGACCGAACAAGGCACUUACUUUUAUGACACCAAUGGAGAGUGCGAAUAUCUCCCUCCAGAAAAAGCUUUUUAAACAACGUCCUUACUGUCAUAAUACCAAUCAUCUUUAGCUAAUCACAAUUCCUCAUACUCAUAACGAGCAAAGUGUAAAUAUAAAUAAUUAGACGCUCAAAAAUGCUUUAUCAUGGAGAAGAGUAUCGUAACAAAUAUGAGUCUGCAGUAUCUACAAAAGAAGCUUGUAUCAAAAGGAAAUAACGAUGUACUUUAGAAGAAGCGUG